AUGCCGUCUGGUCGUUUACUAUCAAAUCUGAAAAGAUCCUGGGGUUCAAAUAUGGACGGAAUUUGUGCUGAUUUAAAGGCAUACAAUUCUCAAUUAAACAAAACGAUAAAAUCUGGUCUAAUAGCGAAUUUUGUAGAAUAUUGCGCUAGAGACAUUAUGCCAUUUCAAGCAGUUCAAGGACCUGGAUUUAUAAAUAUUUUACAAAGAUUUGCCGACUUAGGGGCAACAUAUGGUAAAUUGGAUGUUAUUAAUAAGAUCGUCCCUUGUGCUACAACAGUUAGCCGCAACUUAUCCAAAUUACUCAAUUUUUACAAUCCGCUGUUAAAAGGGGUUAUAGCAAUGUCGCACUUCGAAAUAUUUAUGACUUACGUGGUGCCUAUCAUUUUCGGGAUCAUCAUAUUGGUAGGCCUGAUAGGGAACCUGAUGGUUGUGGCGGUCGUGUACUUGAAGGAAUUAAAUUUUAAAAGGGAGAAGAAGAAAUUGUACUUCCAUCUUCCCAAAAACGCGGGCACCAAAAAUUCGCCCACGAAUAUUCUCAUCCUGAAUUUGGCGUUGACGGACAUCCUGUUUUUGGGGAUAUGCGUGCCGGCGACGGCUGUCACUUACUAUUUGGGGAAUUGGCCCUUCGGAAGCCCGGCGUGCAAAAUAGUGCAGUACCUGAUCUACGCCACCGCGUACGCCAGCAUAUACACCUUGGUUCUCAUGUCGAUGGAUAGGUACUUGGCCAUCGUGCAUCCUUUCACCCUCUCCGUCAGGUACAGGAACAAAAAAAAUGUUCUGAUAGCCAUAGUGGUGUGUUGGAUCCUCAUCCUAUGCGGUAAUAUCCAGGUUUUGGUGUCCUACCAAGCCAUAACUGAAAGGUUCUUCAAAUACGGCGGCCCUGAUGGCAUGGAUAACUAUGUCGAUAACAUCCUCGAUUUGCUUUUAAAUCUCCACACGCAUGAACAUCAUCUCGUCAGGGGUAGAGACAAACGGUUUUUUUCGAAUAGAUCGACUCGUUUAGACGAUAAAGGUUAUUUACCGAUUGAAUACGAUUACGAUUAUUUGAAUUCUGUUCAAACCUUAUCCGAUAAAAGGGUUACCCCUAUUAGUGCUAGCAUGAAUAUGGAGCGGCAGUUUUCUACGAAUAUGGAUGGUAGAUAUUCCGGUAACCGACUCAAAAAUACGGCAUCAUCUAAGAUACUUCAGUUUGAAGAUAUAACCAUAUGCUUGAUGCUCGAUCCGUGGAAGGAAAAGGUGUUAUUUCUAACCUUUUUCGUAUUUGGAUUGGCUCUACCGCUGCUGAUAAUUUCCCUUUUAUAUCUACGCCUGUUGAAAGUUUUAUGGAACAAAAAUUCCGCGACAAAUUUUAUCGAUCGCGGUACUUACAAAAUUAAUGCCACGCGUGUCAAUAAUUGUACCAUCGACCAUAUCAUCGAACACGGAAGUUUGUUUUGUCAAUUCGCGAAUACGCCCAGCCAUAUCCUUCCCACGAUACCCUUAAUGUAUCCAGGGUGCAAGAAUUGCAAAUUGACCCCCGACGUUAGUACCAAAAAAUUGAGAAGAAAGAGAGCGAUCAGCUGGAGAAAAGUGACCAAAAUGGUGAUAAUCAUAGUUCUAGCUUUUGUCGCUUGUUGGUUUCCCAUUCACAUCAUAUUCUUCGUCAUUCACGUGAUAGGUUACCACAAUAAAACGAUACUCAUGAUUCAAGCCGUCACUCAAUGUCUCGCUUACAUGAAUUCCUGCCUCAAUCCCAUCUUGUAUUCCCUCCUUUCCGACAAUUUUAAAGAUGGGUACAAACAGCUAAUCGCCAUGAUUUGUCGGUUAGGACCAAAGUGGGUAGAAAAAUUGUGUUGUGGGGUGUCAGCUGAUAAAUAUGGCCCCCAAGACGCGAUACAGCCUCCUUACCACGACGAAUACUGUACCUUUCUCGAUGACCACGAUAAAAGCCGCGAGAAAUUCGCUCAGCGUAGAAAAAAGGGGGGAAGUUUUAGACACAGCUUUCGGAGAAGUUGUUAUAAGAAAGGCGUUCCUUUGAGAUCCACGUCGCUCAUCGACUUUAACGAUUAUCGUCUACGCGAAAAUUUAGUUCCGCAUCCGCGUCGAAAUUUAUAAAUUACGGCAUUCAUCGGAAUUAC